GAGAGAGAGAGAGAGAGAGAGAGAGAGAGAAUGUGUGCGUGUGUGGUUUGAGUUCAGUGGAUCAUGGAGCUGCGCUCUGACCGCGGUGUGUCGGAGUCUCCUGGCCGCACAGACGCGCUUCUCACACGGUUACUUCUGCUCCGGAGCGCCGCUGAACGGAACUAAAGCUGGAGGAUCGGAUCGGUACCGAUGGCUGAUCCUCUGCGGAGGACAAUUCUAGCCAAACUCAGGGGCAAGAAACCCAAAGGGAAAGACGCGAGCAACGCGAACCGGGCGAGAGAAGGUAAAGAAAAAGUUUUUCAAACGCAGACAGACAGAGAUUAUUUAUCACAUGAGAUGAGGGGUGAGGGGAUCCGGACGGCCGGUCUCGGCUGUAGCGCGGUCCCCCGCUGCGCGGUGGCAGCGGCCGUGCGUGUCACCGGCGGCCGGGCGGACGCGCACAGGAGCGGGGGCUCAGGGCCCGGGGGUCCCGCUGGGGUCUCGGAUCAAAGCGAACGGACCGAGCUGAAGCGCUUCCACACGAUCGGAGACUCGAUAGGCUUCGGCGGCUGCGAUUUAAAACCCAAAAGAGAGGCUUUAAAACCAACAGAUGGUCAAGAUCUAAAGAAUAACGAGACAAAUGUUACAUUACUCGAGCAAAAGGCCGGGAAAAUCAUCACGGGCGACUUUGAACGUCACGUCAGGAGCCCAGAACCCAGCGAAGCCCCUCACGUGUUUGAUUAUAUAGACGGAAAUAUUCAUGAAAGCGAUUUAAUUCAGGUUAUAGAGAGUUCACUGGAAUAUUAUCACGGAGAUUUUAGGAUGCCUGCAUUGCAAAGUCCAACUUUUUUCCCCACUGAGCUGGAAAUAACAGCGGCCCCCGGGCUGAGAGACGGGGCCCCUCGACACCACUCCGUCGACAGCGAGGACGACGAUUAUUAUGAUAACCAAAUUCUGCCCUUUUAUGAGUCUUGCGCUCAAAAACACUGUUCAGAGCAAAUAUCGGCGUCAGGGUCUGCGCAGGAGACGGACAGACUGAAGUCGCAACUAAAAGAGGCGUAUUAUUUGCUGUUAAACACCAUGCACAACAUCAGUUUCGACAGUCAGGUCGAAGAUAACGGAUUCGCGGAGGCCAGUAGCUCUAGUCAGUCUCACGACAGCGUUAGCUCGCAGUCCACCGACAAACGCACGGGGAGCGACGCGUGUUUGUCCGAGGAACGCAGCGCUCAGUCUGAUUCGGCUUUCUUUGCGUUUCGCGGCCGAUGCGGGGGGACGGGAUUUACCGGGUCUUCGCAGAGCAGAAGCUUGCAGAAUAUUCUCAAAGCCGACAGCAAAUCGACGCUCCAGCGGUCGGUGAGCGAUAGCAGGGUCAAGUACUCGUCGUUCACGCGCACCUGCGAGGAACCCGCGUCGGUCCACGCCGCGCGACUGGUUUCCGCUCAUGCCGCGAACCCUACGGAAACCCUCCCGACGCCUGUCCAGUCCUGCGCCGACGCGACGGUGCCCAAACACCCCGGAGUCACCGUCAACAAGAUGCAGGAGUGGAUGCUGAAAGGUCGCGUGCUCUCCUCCGAGAUGAAGCAGAGGAUCGCCGGCUCCUCGUUGAGAGCCAAUCACGGCGGCCGGAUGAGGAAAGCAGCACCAAUGGAGUGUGUCGCCGGGUCGUCUGGCGUACAUCAGCGAGAACUCUUCACACGUCAGGCCUCGUUCAACCACAUCACCGUCUCCAAAAAACGUAACUGGCUCCAGCAGAGCGCAGCUUGGCCGUUCCCUCACGCCGAGGACGUCACAGCGCCCCCUGCAGCGGAGGAGGAUCACGUAGAAGCGCCGCUGCGUCCUCGCCGCCUCCCGCUGCCCGCCGCCGGCCUCAAACCCGGUCGAGUUCCGCCCCGUCGAGCUGACCCGGCCGAGGAGAACGACGCCGACGACGAAGGGGAGAUUUGGUACAACCCCAUUCCGGAGGAUGACGAGACCGACUGCGUUCCCGCCAUCAGGGUGUCCCAAACGAGUCCAGUGAUCGACGGCGACGGGGCCGUCUUGCAUCCCAGCGAAAGACAGACGCUCACGUGCAAGAUGCAGGAGGAGAACCUCGCCGUCAGAGCGACGGAUCCUUCAGAGCAGUCCACUGGUGGACUUUCUCCUUCUUCUAGUCCAAACCCAGCUAAAAGGAGUACAUCUAUCAACUGGUCUUUUCCCGAUAAAAUCAAGUCACCACGGACUGUCCGAAAACUUUCUAUGAAGAUGAAGAAACUGCCUGAUCUUAGUCGGAAGCUUAGCGUUAAAGGGAACCCUGCUAGCAAUGUGCCCAUCAGCAACAGCCAAUCAGAACCCAGGGCUCACUCACCUAGAGCCAAUGGGAUGGCAGAGCUGGCCCAGUCCCAGUCCAGACUGUCACCGUCGGGUGUGACCACUGCAUUGGCGAGUGGUAAUGUGAUUUGGCGGUACCAUCUGGACAGCAGUGUUUCUACUCAGCACAGCUUCGAUAAGAGAAGGAGCAACAGCGGCGGCAUUCCCAAAUCGGCCAGUAAGGGAGGUUACCUAAGCGACGGAGACUCGCCUGAACUUGUGGCCAAGUCGGGCAAGCAUGGCAACUCGGAAAGAAAGAAUGGUAAAGCCCGGGACAGGGAUCCCAAUGGGAAUGGUGGAAGUCCGAAGCUUCCUGGCACAGAGCUGGAUAUCGAUGCCUUCCGUUCGUACAGUUUCUCCGAGCAGCCAAAAUGCCUAACGUACAUCUCGGGACUAAUGAGUCUGCACUUCUAUGGUGCGGAGGACCUGAAGCCACCGCGGGUUGAUUCCCGCAACGUCUACUGUGCCAUCCAGGUGGACUCUGUCAACAAAGCUCGUACGGCCUUGUUAACCUGUCGCACAGCCUUUCUAGACAUGGACCACACCUUUAACAUCGAGUUGGAGAACGCUCAGCACCUCAAACUUGUUGUCUUCAGUUGGGAAUCCACACCACGACGGAACCGAGUAUGCUGCCAUGGAACUGUAGUUCUCCCGGCCUUGUUUCGUGUGAGUAAGACACACCAGCUUGCGGUCCGUCUGGAACCGCGUGGGAUGAUCUACGUAAAGCUGAGUCUCAUGGAGCAGAGGCAGAACUCUCUUGACGGCCCAGAGGGGUAUCACGAAAUGCAGGUGUUCGGCGUAGAGGCUCGGCGCGUGGUGGAACGGGAAGCAUCUGGAUUGAUGGUUCCACUGCUUAUUGAGAAGUGCAUCUCUGAGAUCGAGAGGAGGGGUUGUCAGGUGGUGGGUCUGUAUCGUCUCUGCGGUUCGGCUGCGGUGAAGAAGGAGCUGCGGGAAGCGUUCGAGAGGGACAGUCACGCCGUCGAGCUCUCGGAGAACAACUACCCAGAUAUCAACGUCAUCACAGGCGUGUUGAAGGACUACCUGCGGGAGCUUCCUCAUCCUCUGAUCACGAAGCAGCUGUACGAGUGUGUUCUGGACUCGAUGGCGAAGAGGCCGCUGCAGAUGGGAAGCGGCGGCUGCGAGAACGAGCCGUCCGACACGGACCACGCUGUCAGCCUGCUGGAGAUUCUGCCGGACGUCGAGAAGGUGACCCUGCGGAAGCUCCUGGAUCACCUGAAGCGCGUGGCGUCCCAUCACGAGGUCAAUAAGAUGACCUGUCAGAACCUGGCGGUGUGUUUCGGUCCGGUUCUGCUCAGCCAGAGGCAGGAGGCGUCGUGUCACGGGAACCGGGUCUUCAUCGACUCGGAGGAGCUGGCCAGCGCUCUGCACUUCAAGAAGCACAUCGAGGUCCUUCAUUACCUGCUCCAGCUCUGGCCAGUUGUGGACGCUCAGGGUAAAUCUUCAUCUCCGGUUCCUGCUCUGAUGGAGUCGCUCCCAGUGGUGACAGCUGCCGUCAGGAGGAGGAAAGAGCGUCCACAGGUGCUGAAUCUAACUGAGGCGGACAUGGCGGGAGUUUUGCGGCCCAGAGCUGGCCGUCUGGACAGUCCCAGUAACCGCUACGCCGGGGACUGGAGCGGAUGCCGGGAAACGUACCUCCAACCGAGCUGCCCGGAGGAGGCCGACUAUGACGACGUUCCCAGCGAAGAGCCUCUGAAUGCAGGUACAGGAGGAUUUACUGAAGGGUACUGAAGAUGUGGUCCCUGAACAAGAGUUGUCCGAGGUGGAUGAGGCUACGGAGAGGGUUGAGGAAAUGCAGAUAGAGGAGGAAGAGGAAGUGAGUGAGGAAGAGGAUACGGGAGGUUUGGACAGGCUACAAGUAGAGGAACCUCUACCUAUCAGCCCCUGCGAUCAGAUCCUCCCCGAUUACGGGGAGCACCGACCCAAAGAGCACACCUACCAGGCCUACAUGAAGAUCCAGGAGAUCAGCCCAGUACUAAGCAACAGGGUCAACCUACGGGAUUUGCAGGAGAGCAUCGACACGCUCAUUGGCAACCUGGAGAGGGAGCUCAACAAGAACAAGCUCAACGUAGGGUAUUGACUCUUUACCAGAACAGUGGAAAUGUGGUGGUGAUUCCCUAGAGACUUAAGCGCUAUGAAACGUUUAAGAAGACAUUCCUCACUUCUGAUUUGUGUUUUUGUUUGUCUCCUGGUCUCCAUGUUGUUGAUCUCAUCAUUGUUUUUCUUCUUAUGAGAAGAACUCAUUGAACCCUGAGGGGUGCGCCAGGUGCCUUCAUUGUGUCAAGGUGGUGCUUACGACAGCUAGAGCUUUUUACUUUCUACGGAGGUACAAAACAUUACGAUGAAAACCAAUGCACUUAUGGGGCCUGCUGUUAGAGGCACGGCUAGUUCAGGUACAGGUGUGAAGCCUUACGGUGGGAGAACUAGGUACUACAGAUACAUCCCAGAUCCUAAACCGGGGGAACUCAAUCCUGCUCAUGGAGAUCCGGCUUCCUGUUGACUUCAGUUCCAACCCUCCAAACACACUUGAACCAGCUAAUCAAAGUAUUGGGGAUCACUUAAAGCGGUAGAUCACCAGGAGCAGGAUAGAGUGCCCAACUCUUAACUCAACGAUCCUGAACUCUACAUCAGGGGUCUCAAAUGCAAAUUACCUAGUGAGGUGGUGUUAGCCAGUUGUUUGAGAUCCCUGUACACUAAUCCCUCAACUCUGUCAUAUGUCAUAUCCUGACCCUACCCUGAUCUAGAGGUGUUCAGUCCUGCUCCUGGAGAUCUUGCUUCCUGUAGACUUAAGUUACCCCCCCCAAACUCACUUUAACCAGCUAAUUUGGUCACUUAAAGAGGUAGAUCACCAGGAGCAGGAUUGAGCACCCUACCCCUAACUCCAACCCCAAUGACCCUGAACCCUUCACCAGAGGACUCAAAUGCAAAUUAUCUAGUGAGGUGGUGUUAACUAGUUGUUUGAGAUCCCUGCACCCUAAUCCCUCAACUCUGAAUGUCAUAUCCUUACCUUACCCUGAUCUAGAGGUGUUCAAUCCUGCUCCUAGAGAUCUUGCUUCCUGUACACAUAAGUUCCAACCCUCCAAACUCACUUUAACCAGCUAGUUGGGGAUCACUUAAAAAGGUAGAUCACCAGGAGCAGGAUAGAGUGCCCAACCCUUAACUCAACAAUCCUGAACUCUACAUCAGGGGUCUCGAACACAAAUUUCCUAGUGAGGUGGUAUUAGCCAGUUGUUUGAGAUCCCUGCACCCUAAUCCCUCAACUCUGAAUGUCAUAUCCUGAGCUUACCCUGAUCUAGAGGUGUUCAAUCCUGCUCCUUGAGAUCUUGCUUCCUGUAGACUUAAGUUCCAACCCUCCGAACUCACUUUUAACCAGCUAAUUGGGUCAUUUAAAGAAGUAGAUCACCAGGAGCAGGAUUGAACACCCUACCCUAACCCCAACCCCCAUGACCCUGAACCCUUCACCAGGGGUCUCGAACGCAAAUUACCUACUGAGAUGGUGUUAGCUAGUAGUUUGAGAUCCCUGCACCUUAUUUUCUAAACUCUGAAUGUUAUAUCCUAACCCUCAUACCCUAAACCAGGGGUGUCCAGUCCUGCUCCUGGAAGGCCACCUUCAGCUCUAGCUCUAAUUAAAUGCACCUGAUUCUAAUCAAGGUGUUUAACUACUAUCUUUUAACUUUCAGGCAGGUUUUUUAGAGAUAAACUUUGCUUGAAGGUGGCUCUCCAAAAACGGUAUCAGACACUCAACACCCUUUCCAUUCAGGGAGCGACUAACGCUGCUAGGUCUAGUUAAGGUUGAAGUCGCCUGAGAUUGAGUUUUUUCCUUGUAAAAAUACUUAAACAUCCCCCUAAACAAGCUAUGGACAGCAGAAUAUGCUUGUAGUAAAUAGUAAAUUGAAUAUUUAAUAAUAGUUAGGCAGAACUUUAAUGCAAGUUUCUUAAGAAGAUAAAAUUUUAUAAAAUAACUUAAAAUUGCUGAUGUUUAUUUUGCUUUCGAUGGGCGCCCCCUAAACACAAAAUUUCACUUAAAAAUUAAAAGAGCAAUCUAAAUGGCCUCUGUGAUAAUUAUGGUAACAUGAUAACACCAUGACAACAGUCCCCCUUUUGCUCAUUAUAUUUGUAAAAGCGUCAUUUUCAGCAGUCCAGGGAUACAAACUCAUCAGUAUUUGACACACACGUGUAUGUAUGUAGGAAUAUAGUUGGAAUAUGUAUUUUCGAUGAUGUACACUUCAGUUUGUGCAUAUUUAAAUGUUCGUCAGCUACCUUGUAGUAUUUGGCCUGUAGAUCAGCCUUAAAUAAAUAUAUAUAUAUAUAUAUUUUGUUGGAUCUAUGUAAUGAUAUAACCCACAGUCACAGAAUGAGGAUGGAUUUUGGGUAUUUUGUGGUCACGAAAGUGCAGGAAAUUUGAGCAUUGCAUGGUCAAAAGCUUUACGGUCAAAAAUAAAGUGUUUCUCAGUGUAUCCUACAGCGGGAUGUAUUUAUGCGUGUAGAUAGAGAUUAUUUUAAUUACAGUGAAAUUCUGUUUUUUGUUUUUUUUUUUCCAAGUGGCAGCUGCUCACGUUUAUGGCUCGGUUGUAAAUUUGCAGUUCUUGUGAAUGCAAGACUGAAUCUUUGCACGGGCUGUUCGUUUUCUGAUUGUGCUUCUCGCCUGACAAUGGUCUCCACAGCUUGAAAUGCUACAGUCUGCUUGAAAAUCUUAUUUUAAAAGAUAAAAAUAAAGGAUUUGUUACACAGAAAAUGGAAAUAAAUUAAAUAAUUUGAGUUAUAAUUGGUCUGUUUCCUCUCAGUAAGUUGGUCACACUAGAUUUUAAGUAUGCAAAAGUACGAGCAAAAAAUGUUUGCAUACUUUUUUUGCUAAAAACAUUGAAUAUGAUGUCUUGCAUAUGGACUUCUCAUUUGAGCACAUUCAGAAUAAUAAUAAUACUAAAUUCAGUAUGCAUGCUUUUAAAUGUGUAUUGAUCCAAAUCUAGUGUGGCCGCACCUUUAGAGUGUUUAAUCUGGGUUCCUGAAGCCUGAUUUGGGAUCAGAUUCCCUGUCAGGGACAUUGACUGAUCCAUGGUCAGCAAGAAGGAAACUUGAGAGCUGCUUUGAUAAAACAUUCCCGUUUUUCUCCUCUGUUUUUGCUGCGGUUUUGUAAAAGUUUGGUUGUGCUAAUAUGAACGUACGACUAAAGCAGAUAUUAUUUGUACUGAUAUUGAGAAGUAUAUGAUCACAUUAAAGUUUGUUUCAUGCA